AUCUCACCACCAGUCUCUGAGAUCCUCUGGGAUCUCACAGUCACUCUCUGGGAUCUGACGGUCACUCUCUGGGAUCUGACGGUCACUCUCUGGGAUCUGACGGUCACUCUCUGCCCCUUCCUCACAGGCAGUGGACAGAUCCAACUGUGGCAGUUCCUGCUGGAGUUACUGUCGGACAGUGCCAACUCGAGCUGCAUCACCUGGGAGGGCACCAACGGCGAGUUCAAGAUGACCGACCCUGACGAGGUGGCCCGCCGCUGGGGAGAGAGGAAAAGCAAACCGAACAUGAAUUACGACAAGCUGAGCCGGGCGCUCCGAUAUUAUUACGACAAGAACAUCAUGACCAAGGUCCACGGGAAACGCUACGCCUACAAGUUUGACUUCCAGGGAAUCGCUCAGGCUCACCAGCCUCACCCGCCCGAGUCGUCCAUCUACAAGUACCAGGCCGAGUUGCCGUACAUGCCAACGUACCACACGCACCAGCAGAAGAUGAACUUCGUGCCAUCUCACCCGUCCCCCAUCCCCGGAUCUUCCACCAGCUUCUUCACCAGCGCCAACCCGUAUUGGAGCACGGCCCCCACCACCAUGUACCCCAGCCCGAGUGUACCCCGGCACCCUGCCACCCACAUCCCGUCUCAUAUUGGCUCCUUCUACUGACGGGCACGGGUCCGUCAACCGUCCCUGCUUUGGU